AUGGAAGAACGUGACCAAAGUGAGCGUAGGAAGGAGUAUUGGAUGAGGUCAGAACUUUUGGUUGGUGGAGAAUUUGACUUGGAGAUGAACUUUAUUAUCCAGGAUGCUGAGAGCAUAACAUGCAUGACAGAGCUUUUGGAGCACUGUGACGUGACAUGUCAAGCAGAAAUAUGGAGCAUGUUUACAGCCAUUCUGCGAAAAAGUGUUCGAAAUUUACAGACUAGCACAGAAGUUGGGCUAAUUGAACAAGUGUUGCUGAAAAUGAGUGCUGUAGAUGACAUGAUAGCAGAUCUUCUAGUUGAUAUGUUGGGGGUUCUUGCCAGCUACAGCAUCACUGUCAAGGAGUUGAAGCUCUUGUUCAGCAUGCUUCGAGGAGAGAGUGGAAUCUGGCCAAGACAUGCAGUAAAAUUAUUAUCAGUUCUUAAUCAGAUGCCACAAAGACAUGGUCCUGAUACUUUUUUCAAUUUCCCUGGUUGUAGUGCUGCGGCAAUUGCAUUGCCUCCUAUUGCAAAGUGGCCUUAUCAGAAUGGCUUCACCCUAAACACUUGGUUUCGUAUGGAUCCAUUAAAUAACAUUAAUGUUGAUAAGGAUAAGCCUUAUCUUUAUUGUUUUCGUACUAGCAAAGGAGUUGGUUACUCUGCUCAUUUCGUUGGUAACUGUUUAAUAGUCACAUCACUGAAGUCCAAAGGAAAAGGUUUUCAGCACUGUGUGAAAUAUGAUUUUCAACCACGCAAG